UCAAUGCGCAUAUUUUCUAUUAUAAUUGAGGCAUUUCAUCAUUUUGGGACAAGAAUUUUGCAAGGACAUCGUUUAAAACCGGCAUAGCCGCAGAAUGGUGCGCAGUAUAUUUUCGCAACGUUAUAAUUAUUCGAAAAUACGCAUCAAUGAAGCCUUGAACGAUGUUUUCCGGCGUAUCGCAACUUGUCCUAAAAUCACCAAACUGCCACGUUUAAAGCGUACUUAUUACAUUGCCACGCCAAGGCCAGCGCCUGAACGAAAAAAUAAAGCAAAAGUUAAAGAGAAAAAACUUUUGCGAUCUUCUGAUUGGUACGACAGUGAUAGUAUACCCAUGACUACAAGAUACGAAUUGGAGAUUAUUUUAGAUACGCCACUAAUGGAACGCCCUUCAGUCCAUAAUUCCAAAGGAAGUUUCAGUCAUGUACAUUGGAAAUCCGUUGAAGCUGAUGAAGUUUCCGCGAGUGAUUCAGAGAAGCGGUCUUCAAGUCCUAAAGCCGAAUCCAAGCAUUCCAGAGAAAUUGAAGAUAUUAAAGAGAGGACAAAGUCGCCUGCCGACAACGAAAAUAUUAUUGAUAAGCCAUUAAAAGUUGAGGGGAACACGUCAAACGAAUCGAAGGAAAUAGAUUCAGAAAGAGCAUUUUCUACACAAUUGUCAUGGCAAACUGCCACAUCAUCGGCUCAAAUGUCCCCAUCACCGGCGAUUUUAAAACCAACCCCAACGGCAACAAAGACCGCUGCGAGUGUGGACGCCUUUAAAAUGGAAGAAGAAUUUGAAUUUGUUGUACCGGCACUAAAUAAAAGGCGUCGAGCCAAAAAUUUGCAGAAAAGUUAUGAAUGCGAACAAUGUCAUAAAAAAUUCGAUCGCCCCUGGGUACUGCAUGGUCAUAUGCGCUUACAUACAGGCGAAAAACCAUUUGUUUGCCCCAUUGAAUCUUGCCAAAAACGUUUCGCUGAUAGAUCAAAUUUACGAGCUCAUCAACGUACCAAAGGCCAUCAUAAUUGGAAUUAUCAAUGUGCACAAUGCACUAAAUCCUUUAGUCAAGAAAAUUAUUUAAAUCGCCAUAGUCUCGAAGCAUGUCGAAAAUUUUUAGCUGCCCAUAAAAACAGUUUUAAUAUUUGA